AUGAGCUCCUUCUUUGGGAAACUCAGAGGCAAUGGGGCCAAUAGCAAUUUCGCCAACGCUGCCACAGCCGCGAAGAAGGACAUCCCACCGGUACCCUUGACUCCGCUCCAGAAACUUCUCACAGACGCAGGCCCAUUGAAAAGCGAUGGCAGUGAUAAGUUCUUUGGCAUGGAGAAUGCUCCAUUCGCGAACACAUGUUACUGCAAUUCUAUCCUCCAAUGUCUAUAUUAUUCCGCCCCAUUUCGAGAAUCCGUGAUAAACUACCCGCAACGCUCCCCUCCCGAAUCCCUUCAGACCGCGCUAUCAACCAACUUCAAAUACCCGGACCCGGACAUAUCACUUGAAGAAGCACUUAUGCAAACGAAGCUUAAACAACAGCAAAACAUUAAUGCUGCAAACAGACCACCCAUCGCCGUGCAGAAUCAGAUCCAGAAACCCGAGGAUAAGGACUCGCCCGAAUAUAAGAAGAAAAUAGCGAUGCAUACUCUUCCAGUGCUGGAGACGACAGAUAAUUCGCAGAAUUAUGGCAUGCAGGAAUCACUAUUUACUUCGUUAAAGGAUAUCUUCGAGUCCAUCGCUGCGAGUCAGGAACGUAUGGGCGUCGUUCGACCGCAACACUUCUUGGAUGUCCUACGGCGGGAAAACGAAAUGUUUAGAACAGCUAUGCAUCAGGACGCGCAUGAGUUUCUUAACUUACUGCUCAACGAGGUGGUAUCCAAUGUCGAAGCUGAAGCAAAGCGAACGCCGGUAAUAGGAGACGGUGACUCGGAAUCAAGUACCCCAACAUCAGGGUCUGCCGCAACCACCCUCGCAACGUCCGUCGGCGCAAAGUCUCCCUGCAACACUCGCUGGGUCCAUGAGCUGUUCGAAGGUAAACUCACGUCCGAAACAGAAUGUCUUACUUGCGAGAAAAAAUCCCAGCGUGAUGAGGUAUUUCUUGACCUGUCUGUGGACCUAGAGCAGCACUCCUCGGUGACCUCGUGCCUACGGAAAUUCUCGGAAGAAGAAAUGCUCUGCGAACGUAACAAGUUUCACUGCGAUAACUGUGGCGGUUUACAGGAGGCCGAGAAGAGGAUGAAAAUAAAGCGCCUACCAAGGAUAUUAGCGUUGCAUCUGAAACGGUUCAAGUAUACGGAAGAUCUGCAGCGGUUGCAGAAGCUGUUCCAUCGCGUGGUAUACCCUUACUAUCUACGGCUGUUCAACACUACCGAUGACGCCGAGGAUCCAGACCGGUUAUACGAACUAUAUGCCGUUGUCGUACAUAUUGGUGGCGGUCCGUACCAUGGUCAUUAUGUAGCGAUCAUAAAAACAGAAGACCGGGGAUGGCUGCUAUUCGAUGACGAGAUGGUCGAGCCCGUGGAUAAAAGCUAUGUACGGAAUUUCUUUGGCGAUAGGCCGGGUCAGGCCUGUGCAUACGUCUUGUUCUACCAGGAAACAACCUUUGAAGCCAUGCAGCGGGAACUGCAGAGUGAACAUAUGGCGGCAAAAGGAGAGAAUGCUGACCUCGCAACCACCGCCUCUUCAAAUGCAAAUGGCGUCGCGUCUGCAUCGGACAUCAGUCGCGUACGCAGCGCAGUCCCUCAACUCCCCAUCACGGACAACUCACCCUCCACCUCCUUCAACCCCAUAAAGCAGGUCCCCAGUGCACCUCAACUGUCCACAAUAGCCGACCCACCAUCCACUGCCCUCCCUCCCGCGCCAGCAACGGCCCAGUCACCCAACACUCCGGUGUCAUCCUCGCCCAACAAACUUCCUAUUUCCUUGCCCCGUAUCCCGCUAAUGUCUCGAACUCCUGAUCGUGCUGCUGAAAUACAAUCUAAAAAGGAGCGGGCACGAGAAGAAAAGGAUCGUAAGGCCCAAGAACGGGAAAAGGAGAAAGAAGAGAAACAGAAACGCAAGGAACAGGAGAAGGCGGAUGCACGUCAAAGGGAGCUAGCUAAGAAAGAAGAACAGUUGGUUAAGACCGCUUUGGAUGCGAGCCGGCUUACGGCUAAAGAGGAGAAAAAGAGGCUCUCGUCUGAGAAGAAGAGACUAUCGACUGAGAAGAGGCUUUCGGCAGAGGGGAUGCCUGGUAACGGCGAUGGGAACGGAAAUGAAAGUCGAAAUGGAAAGGAAAAGGAGAACGGACAUGGCAACGGCAACGGCCAUGGUAAUGGAAAUGGCAAUGGAUAUGGGCUUGCUGGCGGUUUUGCGAAUGGUAUUAAUGGUAUUGCUGGUGGACUGGGCAAGCUGAAGCUCGGCGGUCGAAGCCUCAGCUACAGCAGAAAACAUCGAGAAAACAAGGACAAGGAGAAAGAGAAAGUCCCUGAUCUGCCAGCCUCUAGCAGCGCAACAAAUGGCUCUGCCACCGCCUCCGACACUACUAUAUCUACCAAUGGCCCUCUGAAACCCUUUCCCACUAUCAGUCCAAGCGCCAAUACGUCUUCUACCGCAGUUACAGAUGCAGAGCAACCACCUGUCCUCGGACAACGCCAACAACUACCUUCUAGAGUAUCAGAACAGCUCGAUCAAUACGAGAGCCCCUCUCAACAAUUAACAUCACUCCCUCAACCACCCCCCACGUCAUCAUCGCCGCAUAAACAGCCCACCACACGACGAAGCCGAUUCAGCCUACGCAAGAAAUCAUUUAGUGUACUCUAA